AUGGAGGAAACAUACAAAGAUAGGACUUCAUUAGUGAAAGGGGCAAAAGAUAUUGCCAAAGAGGUGAAGAGGCAAGCGGUGAAAAAAGUGAAUAAAGCUGUUGACAAAGCUCAGGAUGGCUACACACAGAGAUCCUACAACCGAUUCCAGGAUGAGGAAGAUGACGACGAUUACUACAUCCAAGGAGGAAAUUAUGGUGUAGAAGCUAAUGAUGAUGAAGAAUCAAGUGAAGCAACUGAAGGACAUGACGAAGAUGAUGAAAUUUAUGAAGGGGAGUAUCAGGGAAUCCCUAACAUGGGGCAGGGCAAGAUUGGCAUGGUGGCCCUCGAGCAGCCUAUGCGUGAUGAAUAUAAGGAUCGUCAUGAACUGGAAACAAAGAGGAAAGCUGAUGAAGAAGAGCUAGCACAGCAGUAUGAACUGAUAAUACAAGAAUGCGGCCAUGGUCGUUUCCAGUGGGCCCUCUUCUUUGUGUUGGGAAUGGCCCUAAUGGCUGAUGGGGUUGAAGUUUUUGUAGUUGGAUUUGUGUUGCCCAGUGCUGAAACAGAUAUGUGUAUACCCAAUUCUGGAUCAGGAUGGCUUGGUAGCAUAGUGUACCUUGGGAUGAUGGUGGGGGCAUUCUUCUGGGGAGGCUUGGCAGACAAGGUGGGAAGGAGGCAGUCACUCCUGAUAUGCAUGUCUGUCAAUGGAUUCUUUGCCUUCCUUUCAUCAUUUGUCCAGGGCUAUGGCUUCUUCCUCUUCUGUCGCUUGUUUUCUGGAUUUGGGAUUGGUGGAGCUGUGCCAACAGUCUUCUCCUAUUUUUCCGAAGUGCUUGCUCGGGAGAAACGAGGUGAACACCUGAGUUGGCUCUGUAUGUUUUGGAUGAUUGGUGGCAUCUACGCUUCUGCAAUGGCUUGGGCAAUAAUUCCUCAUUAUGGAUGGAGUUUCAGCAUGGGCUCUGCCUACCAGUUCCACAGCUGGCGGGUAUUUGUGAUCGUCUGUGCACUGCCCUGUGUCUCUUCCGUGGUAGCCCUCACCUUUAUGCCAGAAAGCCCACGGUUCUUGCUGGAGGUUGGAAAACAUGAUGAAGCUUGGAUGAUACUCAAGCAAAUUCAUGACACAAACAUGCGAGCUCGUGGUCAGCCUGAGAAAGUCUUCACAGUUAACAGAAUCAAAACUCCAAAGCAGAUAGACGAACUCAUAGAAAUAGAGAGUGAUACAGGAACUUGGUAUAGGAGGUGUUUUGUUAGAAUUCGCACAGAGCUAUAUGGUGUAAGUAACAACAUCUCUGUUUGUUCUGGAGCUGCUCGUCCUCACACAGAUUUCCAAACAAGUGACAUUGACAACUGAGAUUUUUCUGUUUUUCACAGCUACUACGGCUUAUCUGUCUGGUUUCCCGAUGUCAUUAAACAUCUGCAGUCAGAUGAGUAUGCGUCCCGAGUGAAACAUUUCCACAAUGAGGAGGUUUCACAUUUCGUCUUCAACUUCACACUGGAAAAUCAGAUUCACAGCAAUGGACAAUACAUCAAUGACAGGUUUAUUAUGAUGAAGUUUAAAUCAGUAACCUUUGAAGAUUCACUUUUUAAGAACUGUGUGUUUGAAGACAUUACUUCACUGAACACAUACUUCAGGAACUGUACUUUCGUGAAUACCACCUUCUACAACACAGAUCUCGAGCAAUAUAAAUUUGUUGACAGCGAAUUGAUAAAUUGCACAUUUUUCCACAUCAGGACAGGAUGCCAGAUUUCUUUCGAUGAUGACUACAGUGCCUACUGGAUUUACUUUGUUAAUUUCCUGGGAACUUUGGCAGUGUUACCGGGGAAUAUUGUGUCCGCUCUCCUGAUGGAUAGAAUUGGACGGUUAACAAUGCUGGGUGGUUCCAUGGUUCUCUCUGGCAUCAGCUGUUUUUUCCUGUGGUUUGGGACCAGUGAAUCCAUGAUGAUAGGUAUGCUGUGCCUCUACAACGGCCUCACCAUCUCAGCGUGGAACUCUCUAGAUGUCAUUACUGUGGAGCUAUAUCCCACAGACAGAAGGGCAACAGGCUUUGGCUUUUUGAAUGCACUAUGCAAAGCAGCAGCUGUACUUGGAAACUUAAUAUUCGGUUCCCUUGUUGGUAUCACCAAAGCAAUCCCUAUUCUCCUUGCUUCUACUGUUCUAGUAUGUGGAGGUCUGGUAGGACUUCGGCUUCCUGACACAAGAACCCAGGUGUUGAUGUAA